UAAAAAAAUGUUCAAGUGUAAAAAAGUUCUAUAUUUUGAAAAUAGCAUAUCCGAUUUGAAUUCAGUACAUCCAAUCAAGUGGGUGCCAAAAUCUGAUUGUACUCAAACUUAUCACAGUGCAGAAUUGGAUCAACAGACAAAAUUUGAGAACAAUAACGUCGAACAUGUGAAAUUAAGGAAACAUAAUACAAACCAAAUUCUUAAUAAAACGAAUGCCAAUGAAAUGAAUUCGCAUCGUAAGAAUAAGUUCCAUCACAUAAUGUUGAAAUAUUGUGAAUUGAUCGUACCACCUCGAAAUCAAGACGAUGUAAUAGAUGGUACAUACGAUGUUAGUUUGCGAUUUUGGCCGCCACCCUUAACAAUGAUCACUUUUUCUGUUAUUCAAACCAUAAUCUUUUUCAUAGCUGCUUCUUACAACGAAUCCAAUGGAAAUGCAAGCACGAGCAUCUAUGAUAUGCCGCAGAAUAAUACGGUUUUAACUUUGCUCAUGUAUGAUCCUAACAAACGUAACGAAAUUUGGCGUUUUUUAAGCUACAUGCUGAUUCAUUAUGAUAAAUCUCAUAUUAUGUCAAAUUUAAUCAUGCAAGUCGGCUUAGGUAUUCCGUUGGAAUUGAUAAAUCAUUGGUGGCGCGUUACUUUAGUUUACCUUGCUGGAGGCUUGGCUGCAUCAAUGGGCCAAUCUUUAUUCAGCUCAAAUGGCUUAUGCGGUGCAUCGGGCGGUGUUUACUCUUUGAUUGUGGCUCACAUAGCCACUGUUAUUAUGAACUGGAAAGAAAUGUAUCAUCCCUUUUUUCAGUUGACUGUCUUCUUGAUUUGGUGCGGCUCUGAUACAUAUUACAGUGUCAACGAAAUUUUGGAUGGAGUCGAAAGUAUAUCGUAUGUAGCGCAUUUAUUUGGUGCUGUCGCUGGAUUAUUGGUUGGAAUCGGAGUGCUUCAAAAUGUAAAACCACGAUAUUGGAAAAUUAAAUUGUGGUGCUUGGCAGUUUCUGUUUUUAUUACGUUUUUAACUAUUGGCAGUUUUAUAAAUAUUUUAAUUGUGAUGAAAAUUAUUCAAAUUUAAAGAAAACUACUGUUGCGUAGUGCUAUCAAGAUUAACCAAUAAUGAUAUUUUAAGAAAAUUGAUCCAUGAAUUGAUUUUAAGUAGUUUUAA